AUGUCGUCAAGCGGUAAUAGUCUUUACGCCAAGCUCGUGUCACUAAUAAGCCGCGGUCAAGAGCUUACCAGCAUUUUCUUCUAUGCCCCAGUAGAAGAAAAAUGUCACUUGGAGGAUACCCUUGCUUCGGCCACUUGGGGCCUGCCUUUGGUGAUAUGGCGAUCGAAUAGGACUGUGAUCCUAAACGGAUUUCUCGGCGAGGAACUCUUUGUGCUGGCCUGUCUUCCAGGAUUAAAGUGGCGAGCUCUACUGGGCAGCCUGUCUAGAAGCUUAAAAUACCUAAGACAGGCCAGGGUACUGAUUGAACUUAUGGAGGCCAGGAACGAAUUAUUGGUACAGAAGGUGCUGGAAUUUAGUCUGAGUCAGGAAAUGACUAAUGCCAAUGUUAUUUUCGGUGACUUUGCGGAGACUCAAAGAGUGAGCAUGUUCGUGGCCUUUCCACAGUUCAAAAUGGUGAACUAUUCUUUUACGGAGAAUACCAAAGAGUCUGAUUUGUACCCGGAUAAGAUGUUGGACCUCCGUGGCGGAGUAAUUCGAACCAUGCCGGACUACUCCGAGCCAAACACCAUUCUGUACCAUGACAAGCAGGGCAACAAGCAGAUCCUCGGCUAUUUGUGGGACAUAAUAGAGGCCUAUGCCAAGAAACACAAUGCCCAGUUGCAGGUGGUCAAUAAGUACGCGGAUGGCAGGACCCUGAACUUUAUCGAGUUGCUGGACGUGGCCCGAAGCGGAGCUAUAGACAUUGCUGCCAGCAUUCAGCCCAUGUCGAUGGGAGUCCUAGAACGCACUCACGAGAUGUCAUAUCCGGUGAAUCUGGCCAGUUGGUGCACCAUGUUGCCGGUGGAGAGGUACCUCGAUGUGUCCGAGCUGCUUUCGCGCGUUAUGCCCUUUCCGACCUUUGCCCUGAUGAUAUUCCUUUGGAUUAUCCACCAGAUGGUGUGUGGUCGAUGGCCACGUCAUCGGAAGCUCCAAAGGAUAGGCUGGCUGGUGCUGGCCACUCUGAUUAGCACCAACUAUCUGGGCAGACUGCUCAAUCUCUUUGCUCACCCUCCAGCUCUGCCACCGAUCGACAGUCUGGCGGCCUUGAUCGAAUCUCCGCUGCGCAUUAUCUCGAUUCAAAAGGAAUAUGCCUCCAUCGAGUUUACCCAACGCACCAAGUACUCCGCCGCCUUUCGUCUGACUUCGAGGGCCGCGGAUCUGAUUGAGAUGAGAAAUGCGCUGAACACCUCCUUUGGCUAUACUGUCACAAGCGAAAAGUGGAAGCUGUACAAUGAGCUGCAGAAGCGCAGCUCGAGGCCUUUGUUCCGGUACUCCAAGGACCUGUGUUUCUACGAACUGGUGCCCUUUGGCCUGGUCAUUCCGGAGAACUCAGCCCACCGGGCUCCGCUACACAGAUUCAUCCUGCUGCUGUGGCAGUCGGGAUUGCACGACUUGUGGGUCUCCAGGGGCUUCUCGAAUAUGGUGAGGGCGGGAAAGAUACAUUUCGCCAUUUUCGGGGAGCGUUACCAGGCCCACACGCUUAACAUUACGGAUCUGAGACACGUCCUAAUGGUUUACGGUUAUGGGGUGCUAAUUAGCCUGUUUCUGUUUGCCUGCGAGCUGGCUGUCAGUUGGAUAAGCUAUUGGCUGGGCCUUUAG